AGAAGCCGUAGCCCGGAGAUGGAUAGAAAAAAGACGAAGAGAAAGGCUUCUGGUUCGCCCUCAAUUAUCUUGAAAGAGAAAGGAAUUGGAAAAGAGAGCUUCGAAAUCGAUGAUGGGCUUUGCAAUGGGAAGCACUUGCUUCUCUCAGGCUCCGCUUCAUUUCUCUCGCUUCCCGUUUUCUUCAGUUUCUUCUUGCUCGUGUUCUUCACAAUCUGCUUCACUCCACACAAGAAACGCAGACGCGAAGGAGAGGAGCGGAGCACCGGCGGCUUUAAAGAGCGAAAAUUACUUGAAUGAUGAUGGUUUCUGCAAGAGGAGGGCGAUUCUGUUUCUGGGUAUUUCAGUUUUUCCGCUUCUGCAAUUGAAGGCCCAAGCGAUUGAUAGUUCGCCUCCAGAGAAAACUGAGGUGAAGGCUCAAGAAGGGAAUCAAAAUAUGGAGCUAGCGGCUCAAAUAGAAAAAGCACCAAAUCCUUCUGUAUCUGUCCUCAAUGGACUUGGAGUUUUCAGUUCGGGGGUGCUCGGAUCACUCUAUGCAUUAGCUCAAAAAGAGAAGACGGCUGCUAACGCGACGAUAGAAUCUAUAAAUACUGAACUGAAAGAGAAGGAAUCUUCCAUUGUUUCAAUGAAGAGAAGCUUUGAAUCAAAGUUACUGAAGGAACAGGAAGAACGAACCGAGCAAUUAAGGAAAGCAAAGGAAGAACAAAUUUCUUUGGUUAACCAACUAAAUUCAGUCAAUAUUACAAUUGGACGCUUGGGACAAGAGCUAAGAAAUGAGAAAGGAAGAAUGGAAGAGCUUAAUGGUUUCAUUGGUAGCCUGCAAAAAGACCUCUCAAAGGCCGAGGAAGAUAAGCAUAUACUCAACGCAAAAUUGCAAGAAAGUCUCAAGUCUAUUGAACUUCUGCAAGAAAGGGCUAACUUGCUUGGUUUGGAGCUCAAGGAUAAGGAGAAUGAUAUUCAGAAGAUCAGUUCUUCCGUUGCAGAAAAGGAAGUUGAAUUGAAGAACUUGUUGGCCUCGCACAAGCAAGUAAAGGAUGAACUUGUUGCUGCCCAUUUGGAGAUUCAAGGUUUAAAAGAUGAGCUUCUCAACAGUAAAAAGGAACUUGAGCUGAAGGUUUCUUUGGUGGAUGAAUUAAAUGAAAAUGUAGCUUCUUUGGUCCUCGAGAGAGAUGAUUACAAGAGAAAAUUGGAGGAUGCGGACGAAGUAUAUGAUCGUCUGAAAUUAUCUGCUGAAAAGAAGGCAUCAUUAGAUGCUGAACUUUUAGGAGAAAGAGAACUGAAAAUUCAGGAACUGCAGGAAAAACUUAGCGUUGCUGUUGAAGAAGUAAAUGGAAACCAAACAAGAAUUGAUCAUCUUACACAAGAAAUAGAUGUUUUGAAAAAGAAGCUGGAACUAGAAUCAAGUGAUGCACAAAUACUGAAGGAUGAACUAAAAGUUGCUCGCGGAAAUCUUAACGAGUCAAGAAACGAAGCUUCCAUUCUUACGAAUCAGUUAGAAGAGUCGAGAAACAAGUGCACAGAACUUCAGUCUGAGGUUUCUAGACUACAGGCUGAAUAUGACGAAGUUAGAAAUUCAUUACAAAGCAAGUUUGAAGAGGCAGAACAAAAUGUUGAAAUCUUAGCCAGCGAGCUUUCAAAAACCAAGGAACUUCUCAUGACAAAGAAUGAAGAGCUACAAGCUGUGUCACAUGAGCUGGCAGCAGUCGUUGAAAGUCGUAAUGGUUUACAGAAGGAAUUGGAUGAUGCCUAUCAAAAGGCAGAAACAGUAAGGAGCGAUUUAGAUGAAGAGAGAAAAGUAGUUGCUUCUCUUAACAAAGAAGUUCAAACAUUGGAGAAGCAAAACCUGAAGGACAAGGAAGCACGAAAAUCUCUCGAAACGGACUUGGAAGAAGCUAUUAAGUCGCUGGACGAGAUGAACCGCAAUGCAUUGUUACUUUCUAAAGAAUUAGAGAAGUCAAAUUCCCAUGUGGCCAAUCUCGAAGACGAGAAAGAAGUUCUUCGUAAGAGUGUCACAGAUCAAAAGAAUGCCGCUAUGGAGGCACAGGAGAACUUGGAAGAUGCCCAUAACCUUGUCAUGAAACUUGGAAAAGAAAGGGACAGUUUUGAGAAGAGGGCAAAGAAACUGGAAGCAGACUUGGCAUCUGCAAAGGGCGAAAUAUUGCGGCUGAGGAGCGAAAUGAAGUCAUCAAAUGCCAUUGUGAACAACCAGCAACAACAAAAUGCUGAAGGUGAAGGCAAGGUCAAAGUCACUGUCACUGCCAAGAAAACUGUUAGGAGGAGAAAGUCGGGUUCGAGUUCCCAGUCGGAUAAAGAACUACCCUGAGUGUCGUUUACUCUAACUCACCUCCACCCUCACUCCGCCAACAUCUGGUUAUCCUGUUAAUGUCUUGCCUAGCCAGGUGCUAUUGGCCUUUUUCUUGCCAUAGCCCUUUGUAUUCUACAAAUAAACAGCAAAGUAACAAGAUGUUGUCUGUUGUCCAUGCUGCGAGGACUCGUGUCGUCGAUAUCGAACGCAUGAGCAUUUCGCUCCCAGCAUUUUCAAGUGGCAAAGUAACCUACUGAAAAUACUCUCCCAUUUCUCUGUUAGUUGCUGGAAGAAGAGGGAAUGUAUGAUUGAGUCAAGCUUGUCAUGUAUGUAUUAUUUGACAAGUCUGGAUAUUGGAUAUAGACUGUUGUGGAUCCAUUUAUUACUUUGUAUUGCCCAAAGUGAAUAUUCCAUCAAAAUUGUGGACGAAAAUGCAAUUUCCGCCCCCCAA